AUGUGGUCGUCGUCGUCGCCGCUGCUGCUGCCCUUGCUCUCGCUGGCCUCGCUGGCCUCGCUGGCCCUCUCAGCCCCAACCACCCCCAAGCCCGACUGCAACACUCACCCCGUCUGCAUCAUUGGCGCAGGCCCGGCAGGCCUCGCCGCUGCCGGCCGCCUCAAGGACAAGGGCAUCAAGGCCGUCGUCUUCGAACGCCAGGAAAAAGUCGGGGGCAAGUGCCAGGCCUGGUACGACGACAGAGGCAUCUUCCACCCGCUCGGCGCCGCCUUCUUCUCCAAUGCCACCUACACCGACACCAUUGGCAUCCUGAACAAGACCAAUGUCGCCAUCGAGCCCUUCCCGCUCGCCGGCGCACGCAGCCAGUACACGUACAACUUCACCAACGGCGACAUUGCCCCCAUGGCUGCCCUGACCCCUCAAUUGACCGCCGUCGUCGCUGCCGAGGUGCCCAGGUACAUGGCGCUUUGGAAUCAACGCUUCCGGCCCAUCAGCGGCCUCAACUACAAGGAUGGCGUGCCCCAGGAGUUCACCGUCUCCGGCGCCGAGUGGUUCCGCCAAAACAAUUUCACCGGCCUGCCCAUCCUGCUCGUCAAUGCCGUCGCGCUGUACGGCUAUGGCGAUAUCAAUAUCGUUCCCGCACUAUACAUCCUCAAGUACUUCACCCCCGACAUUCUGACGGCCUUUGUCGGCCUGCACGAUGCCUACUACAUGGACUUCCACAAGAUGUUCGUCGAGUAUGCCGAAAAGGAGCUGUGCCACACGCCCAUCCACACGUCUUCCGAGGUCCGCUGCGUGGACCGAUCAGGGGCCAACCCUGUCGUGACCUACACGACCCCGAAUGGCAACUAUGUUUCCUGGAAAAAGCAAGAGUGCUCGUCCGUCAUCUUCGCCUUUCCGCCCAACCUGGCCAACCUGGAGCGCGUCGGAGUCGACUUGACAGAGGAAGAGUACACUACGUUUGCAAACGUCUCAACCCACCAGUACUACUCGUCGGCUAUCGAAUUUGAGCUUCCCUACGGCGUUUCGUAUGUUGCAGCAAGCGCCUCCCCUUAUGUGCCCCCGCCAAACGACGGCCAACCGGUAGCCAUUCUGCACCUCAUCCGAAACUCCAAUGUCUCGGUCGCCUGGUCCUGGGGUCCCUAUGAUUUCCAAACCGAAAAGGCUGCCAAAAACUUGCUUAUCAAGAGCUUGUCCGAGAUCAACAAGGACCCCCGCAAUGCCACGGCUCCUUCCCAGCCCUUUAACGAAACUGACGUCAAGGCCUUCCGCAAAUGGGACUACUUUCCACACUUUGAGACCGAUGCCCUCGCCGACGGCGCUUACAAGAAAUUCAAUGCGCUCCAGGGCCACAAGAAGUCGUACUAUGCCAGCGCACUCAGCGGCAUGGAAAUCGUCGAGUGGGCUCUCCGCAGCGGAUACGAUAUCGUCGACACGUACUUUUAG